AUAAAACUUAUGGACAUCGACGACUGGAGCAGACCCGAAGUGGUCCAGCUAAUUGAUCACUAUAUUCGAGAGCCUAAUGUGUCAAUAGAGCAACUAAAAAAAGAUAUCCAACGAAUCACGAGAAAAAAUGUAACAACUCGUACUUUGCAGCGUCAUAUGCAAAUAUUUUUACAGGAAUCAGCUGCCUACGAGACGCAUUCUAAACAAGACGCAACUUGCCCAGUAGAUACUGGCCAGCUGGCUCACCGCAUACAAGAUUUACGUAAUAGAACUCGAAGACCGAGAAAAUUAGCCCAAGCUAGUACUGAUACUGAAGGUCCAAGUAGUAGACGCAAACAGCCUACUCAGCGAAUCAGCUCAAUGCAACGAAUUGUGCGAAGCUAUCGAAGUCGCAGGUACAAGGCACGUAGGAAAUACUUUCUUGCAAAAAGAUGUAAAGAGGAAUUAGAAGACGAGUUAUCAGCGACGACAACAACGCCAGAUGCUCCAACAAAAACCGAAUCUCCUGCGACAACAGCAAGAGUUAUAACAUCAACAACAGUAACAGAAUCAAAAGGGACCAUGCCAACCACACCAAAAAAAGCAGAAGAAACAACAGUAAUUGUAGAAACAGAAAGGAUGACAUCGGAAACAACGGAAGAACCACAAUGGAUAACAACAACAUCGAUAUCCACAACGACAAUGACGGAAGCAAAAACAUCGAUGCUUGCUACAGAAACAAUAACAGAGAUAACUGAAAAAGCAAUGGGACAUCAUGCGGAAACAACAGUAUCAAUUCCAGAAGGAGGUGAGUGGUUGGUACCAACAGCGAUGACACCAUGCACCGUUGCAGAAACAGAUUUGGAAACAUUGGAAAGAACAAUAGACCUAUCUUGGAUAAGAUCGAUAACAGAAGGGAUGAUGGUAUCUUGCUUGACUCUGGAACCAGAUGAUAUAACAUGGACAAAGCAAGAAACUGCAGAAUCAACGAAGUCAGGGAUGACAACACCAACAAAUCCAUGGCGAACGGAAGAGCAAGAGACAACAACAACUAGAGAUAACCUACAAUAUCCUCAAAUCACAGAACAUGAAACGCAAGAAUCUCACUUGUCAGCAAUGAAACAAGCAGAACUCUUACGCAGUUCAAAUGCAAUAUCUUUGCAGGAUUUCACUUCCACGGCUGCAAAUUUACCACCUACCGUCUCUCAGAUAUCCCCAAUUUCUACCCUACUCAAUUCAGAAUUCUGUAAACAACCAACCCACAUGUCUCCCAUAACCUGCACGAAUGAUCCAAAUACCUCCACAUUUCCAAAACCGGAAAGUACCUGUCUUUCUAGUUCAAUAUUUACUACUAGUCAGACUUCUCCUUCUACAGUAGCAAUGCAGGCAAAUCUUGUGAAUCAACAAUUCCAAUCAAUGUUAAACCAUCUAGAUCACUGUCUGAAUGCAUUACGACUACUGCGAAAUGAAGUUGUAAGUGUUCAUUAUCGAAUUUGGAAAGGAGAUUGGGACGUUCAAAUAGAGGGGGAGAAAACAAUAGAAGAAAGGCUCGAAUUCAUUAACCAAAUUUAUGAUAGUUUGGAAUCUCAUGCCAAACAGCUACCCACUUCAACUCCCAUGACAGUACAAAUGGAACGGCUGAGUCGUUUUCUACAUGACGGACAAAUUGAUCCUUACACUAGAGAAUUAUAUGAAAAAUCUCUGGAUGCUUCAACAUGGAUGGACACAACUAAUCAACUACUGCAAAUGUAUGCAGAGUUUUUACGUCCUGUUGUGGGUAAUCGAAGACGAUCAAUAAUGACCGAACGCCCUUUAACAUUUUCAAGCUAUGGAUUAAGUUCAUCACCGCAGAGUGUUUUUGAACAAACAUUAGCAUCGGUAUUGAAGGAUCCAAGUUCUAAAAAAAUUGGCCUUGUAGGACGUUAUCUGGAAAAGACUGCUCUUUCUGCCAUUGUUGAAUUCAAAUUUGGUCAAGUAGUCGACAAACAGUAUGUUUGUUUGCUGAAAAUGCUUAUGGUUGUUAACAGUGGUGUGCCGGAAUAUGUACAAAUGAUUGCUCCUCAUGAGGAUUGGUCAUACUUGGAUAUUGGAACUGAGCAGGUUGAUAUUCAUAAAGAGAGUCGAUAUUUGGUUUACCGAAAGAUGAGUGUUCAAGCAAAUAUACAUCUAAUGCAAACAAUAAUGCCUUGCAUUGAUAUUCGAAAUGCCCAUACACUUUCUUAUGUCCUCAGCCUGUUUUCUAAAUUUUCGGGAGUAUUUGAGACAAAAUGCCGUGUUUGCAAAUUUACAUUUUUGCCUAAGAAAAUGAAGCGACUCUUCAAUUACUUGCGUGCUACUGUUGCUCAUGUAGAAGAAAAUUAUGUAAAGCAUGAGAAGGCGGCUGAAAUUGAAGGUGCUGAGCAUAUUAUUGUAAAUUCAUCGGCGUUACAUUGUCCAAUUUGUCUUUCCGUAUUCAUCUCUGCACCUUUUAUUCUUCGAUGUGGUCAUUCAUUCUGUCAGAAAUGUAUCAAGAAACUUGUUAAAGAAUCAUCAUCAGAAGAUGAACAUGGGAUGAUUCUAUGUCCUAUCUGUCGUCAGGAGAUUUCCUGUGAAAUCAGUUUUACAAAAAAUUAUUUGGCUGAUGCCUUGCUGCAGUCAUUUCAGGAUGUAGUUCGGGAUAACAUCGAACACGUUAUGGAUUCUAGUCUAAUGCUUUCGGUAGUUGUCUUUAUUUGA